GGCUCCCACACGCGCUGCGCCCGCCGCUGUCCCCCGCGCCGCCCAUGUCCUCCGCGCCGCUGCGCUCGCCCACCCCGCGGCCCCACAGGAUGAAGAAGGACGAGUCGUUCCUGGGCAAGCUCGGCGGCACGCUGGCGAGGAAGAAGAAGGCCAAGGAGGUGAGCAACCUGCAGGAAGAGGGCAGGCAUGCCAUCAACGCGCCGAUGUCCCCCGCCUCGGCGGACGUCCACCCCGAAGACACGCUGUUAGAGGAGAACGAGGAGCGUAUGAUGAUCGACCCCACCUCCAAGGAUGACCCCAAGUUCAAGGAGCUGGUCAAGGUUCUCAUCAACUGGAUCAAUGACGUCCUGGUGGAGGAGAGAAUCAUUGUGAAGCAGCUGGAGGAGGACCUUUAUGAUGGGCAGGUGCUACAGAAGCUCUUGGAGAAGCUGGCCGGCUGCAAGCUGAACGUGGCUGAGGUGACGCAGUCCGAGAUCGGGCAGAAGCAGAAGCUGCAGACGGUGCUCGAAGCCGUGCAUGGCCUGCUGCGGCCCCACGGCUGGGCGCUCCAGUGGACCGUUGACUCGAUCCACGGGAAGAACCUGGUGGCCAUCCUGCACCUGCUCGUGGCCCUGGCCGUGCACUUCCGGGCCCCGAUCCGCCUCCCCGAGCACGUGUCGGUGCAAGUGGUGGUCGUGCGGAAGCGAGAAGGCCUGCUGCACUCCAGCCACGUCACGGAGGAGCUGACCACGACAACGGAGAGGAUGAUGGGUCGCUUCGAGCGGGACGCCUUCGACACCCUCUUCGACCACGCCCCGGACAAGCUCAGCGUGGUGAAGAAGUCUCUCAUCACGUUUGUGAACAAGCACUUGAACAAGCUGAACUUGGAGGUGACAGAACUGGAGACCCAGUUUGCAGAUGGCGUCUACCUGGUUCUGCUCAUGGGCCUUCUGGAGGACUACUUCGUCCCCCUGCACAACUUCUACCUGACGCCAGAGAGCUUCGACCAGAAGGUCCACAACGUGGCGUUUGCCUUUGAGCUGAUGCUGGACGGAGGACUCAAGACCCCCAAGGCUCGCCCUGAAGAUGUGGUGAACCUGGAUCUCAAGUCCACGCUAAGGGUCCUGUACAACCUGUUCACCAAGUACAAGGACCUGGAGUGAGAGCGGCCAGCGGAGGGGACUCCGCAGGGUGGGGAGGCCGGCCCGCCGAGGUCCCCACCCCCUCCCCAACACCGCCCCGCCUCGUCUGGCUGUGGCUCUUCAGCUCCCUCGUGUCUCGCACAGCGGGCAGGGUUCUGUACCGCAGUGCUGGUGUGUGGCCCCACCAGUGCUGAGACAUUGAUCCCUACCCCCGCCCCAACACACAGUCCCCUCUGCCUGUGGUGGGGGGAGGGGCGCGCCCUGCAGGCCUUUCCAUGGAGCAGUUCACGGCCACGGCCACAGGCGAUCCUAAUGGCACCGACAGUUCCGGGGAGCCCGGGGUCAGUCUGGCUGUGGCGGGGGGCUCUCCUGGGAAGCCAGGCCUUUUUUAGUAGAAAGCAUUUUGUAGAUUUAAAAACUUCCUCUAACGUCCUAGAGGCCUUUGAUGGGACAGGAGGGCCACCCAUGUUCCUCUUCUUGACCAGCCAGUGUUCCUCACUUACGUUUUGCACAGACAUCCAAGACCCGGGUGACCCUCAGUGGCCACCACACGGAAGGCGGGAUUCGGGGAAGCGGGGUCUGAUUUUUUUUUUUUUUUUUUUUUUGUGACAGCCAAGUGGGCUCCGUCAGGAGCUAGGUCUAAAGUGUUGCUCGAUACAUCUCAGAGGCCCUGUUUGGGAGUCGAUGCAUUUUGUCAAGCCUUUAGAAAGCGGGGUCUCUCAGUUUGUGGGGGCCGCCAUCACAGAGCGCCCCAGGCAGGGGCUUAGACAACAGGAACGGACAGUCCCCCAGCUCCCAGGCCGGAAAUCAAGCAUCAAGGCAGGGCUGGCCCCCCCCAAGGGCCCUCUCCUGGCUUGCCAAUGGCUGUCCCUUCUCGGGGCCCUCACGUGGUCCUGCCUCUGCACCUGUCUGCGGCCUCACCUCUCCUUACAAGGACGCCCGUCCUAAUGGAUGAGGGCCGCCCCUGUGACCUCAUUGUACCCUACUGAUCUCUGCAAAGACCCAUCUCCAAAUACAGAGCCAUUCUGGGCCCUCGGGCUCGGAGAUUCAGCAUACGGAUUCUGUGGGACGCAGUUCAGGCCUUACUGGGGGGACAUGAAGAAUUCAUCCCCCUCCCCAGUAUGGCUUUCUGGAACCCUCCUGGCAUCUCCCGAUGGGCACCCUUGAAAGGGAUGCCGUUUCCCCCUCCCCCGCACCCUUUGGCUCCAGAGAAACGGGGGGGCCUUCUGCUGGGGGGGGUGUCACCCCACCCAUGGGGUCCCUCCACAUGGCAGCCCCCUUCUAGGCCCUCAGCAUCAGCUGCCAAGCAGGACCGGCCUCUCUCAUCUCCGAUUUUCACCUUCUUGCUGUUGAUCCGAGCGGUUGCCCCCAUUGUUAAUACUAAGUCGGACACGGGCGCUCAUGACUCAGGAAACACCAGCCUCGCCCGUCUCCGCUCUGCCCCUGCGAGGCCAGCGGUAGUUUUCAAAGAGCCGUUCUGACGGAGGUGGUUUUCCAGCAGGAGAAAGAAAUAAUUAAAACAGUAUCCUGUUUUAUUAUAUCCUGUGGGCUGCGGUGGCAUUAAACGGCCACACCGACAGAAGAGCGAGGGCUGGAAUGUUCCGUGCCGACUUCAUCACACGCGCAGGAUCCCAGACGUCUGCCGGAGCUGUGGAGCCCGGUCCCCCCGCUGUCACUGGGGGGGUUCAGCGCAGGGGGAGGUUCCAGCAGGGUCCACGCCUGGAGGGGGAGGCAGUGGUCCUGGGGGGGCAGGGAGCAUGUGUCAAGCCUUCUGUAUUUCUGGUCGCAGAGUAAAAGGGAUCCCAAGACACAGGCCACCUGUGAGCAGGCUCGUUUGUCCAGGCUGACUGUCCAAGGUCAAGGUUCCAGCAAAGCGGGUGAUCUGUUGUGCAAACUGCCUUUAUUUUAUUCAUGUUGGUUCCUUGAGCUCUACGCAUCUCACUCCCCUCCCCUGCCUUCUCUGUCCGCUCUGAGUCAGAGUUCAGUGCCAGCCUAGGCAUUCGCGUGCGGGCGCAGUUGUGAGACGGAGGGCAGGGUCAAUGCUAGAGGUGGCCUCUCCUUCUGGGAUCAGUCCCCCCCGGCCUAGUGACCGUAGCUCUGAGUUGUGGGCUCUCUGAUGCUGGGGCGUCUUCUUGGGGAAACGUGUGCAGCAGAAGCCACGUUGCUUAAUCUCAGAAAGUUCUAGAAGCCUUCUUCCUUGAUUGAUCCACCUUUCCAGUGCUUUGUUUUUCGGUCGGGUGGGGACCUUCCCCGUGAACUAAGCAGAAGCGAGAUCAUUUGCACCUGACCGGCCGUGGCUCCGGGUCUGCGGGGCCCAACUGAGGGCCCAGGCCAGGGCCGUGAGAUGGUCUCCUUUUAUUCUUUUUGGAGUGGCUGUUUGGGGCCCCCGCCGCCAAGGGGUCUUCUGCACGCGGAGCCCUAAUGUCCUCACUGGAUGUGACAAAAAGCUGUGUUGUAAAGGCACUGAAUGCCUUUCUCCCUUCCUUUUGCAUGCCCGUGUUUCAUUGUGUUUUUCACUGUUCUAAGUAGUGUCGCUUUUGGAUGUUGGAUGUCGAAUAAAAGUCGCCGGGGAGCCAGAACCUGGGGCCGGGAAGUGCCGGGCGGGGCCGGCCACGAGCUCUUAUUUACUCCAAUAAAGACCUGAGAGAGCGGGCCAUGCGCUGCCUCUGUCUGGUUCUGCUUCCCCGCACUUCGUGGCCUCCGGUCGUGCCUGCCUGGUGCUUGGGCCCCGGCGCUCCCAGUCAGCUGGCGCGCAGCCCGCAGUGGGGCGUGGGCCCCGCAUGGGUGGAGGCAUUGCUGGACGGGAGCCACGGGGGGAGAGGGGACAGAGUCACAGCCGUGGGUGAGUCGCAGUGAGUCGCUGAGCUGGGCUGAGUCGGCCUAGCUCCCCGGUCCAACGUGGCAUGGGGGUGGCCGGCAGGCCAGUGGCACCAGCUGGACAGGGCCGCUCCGGGGGGAUGGGGUGCUCCUUGCACUGCAGGGCGCAGGGCCCGGGUGACCCUCGAUGGUGGUCGUGCGGUAAACCUUCCCUGCAGAAGUCACGGGUUGGGGGGGGUUGUUCAGGGGCCUUAAACUUCCCUCGAUGCAACAUUAAAAUUGUCACUCUUCUAGUACCGCUGACUGGCAGAGCGAGGCCUCGGUGCUCUUCAGGUGCUAAGGCUCUCAGACCGCUGCUGGGAAGGGCCUCGCUUCGGAGGGGUGCCUGGUCCAAAGCCCGUGCGACCGCUGGCCAGUCCCUUAUCCCGCACUUUCCACGGUGGAACUUUCCACGGCGGAAAGAUCCCUCCGGUUUCCCACAGCAGAUCCGUCGUCCCUCCCUCACUUAAGCUCUGCCUCCUCGCCUGGCUUCUGCUGGGAUUUGGCCGGUGGGAGGAGGCCCUGGCAGGAAGGAGAGGGGUGUGGGGGGGGGUGCGUGCGUGAGGUCAGGGUGUUUGUCGCCCCUCUGUGGGGCCGCGGUGGGUCAGCGUGCCCCCCUCUGCCGCAGCCCCCAGCUGGCGGCUGGCUCAGAGCUCUGGCCGUCUCUUUCUGGGCCCAUCGUCCUCCCUGGGCUCUGCCCUGUCGGGCUUCAGGGCUGCGGCAGCUUCCUCGUGCUGCCAGUCCCGGGGGCGGGGGGCGGGGGGCGAGGGCAGCACCGUCUCUUCCAGGUUCUCUUAAACGGGCCUCGACUAUGCUUUACUAACCACUCCUCAGCUUCCCCAUUCAGACGAGCCCUCUCUGCGGGGACUUGGCAGCGCACCGACCCCCGGGGCCACGCCGGGCCCGCCGUACCCGCCCAGGCCCAGUGGGUUCCCUCCCCACCGCGCCACAAAGCCUGGCCUGCAGGGCGCCGUCGGGAUGGCAGAAACGGAAUCCUGACCGUCUGUGUCGUCCUCUGCAAGCGGGGGGGACAGCAGCACCAGCCCCACAGGCUGCCCCCGCGACACUGAAAGCCCUUAGAACUGUGUUUCCUCAUCAGUUACUCAAUAAAUAUUAGCGGUCAUAA